UUUAAACGAUUUCCUUUCUCUCACUCUUCUUCUGAUUCUUCCUCUUCCACAAUCUUCACAAUUGCCCUAAUUUCUUCCCCAAUUUUGAAUCCUUUCCGAUAAAAUUGACCAUCGCCGCCAUCUGUUUGCUAUAAUGCCAAUGCAACAGCGAUGAAACCGUACCAAUUCCCCACCAGCGGAAGUUGCAGCCCGAGAUCGCCACCAGCGUCUCCCCGGCAUCGCAGCCGCUCUCCGCGAUACCGCCGCGCCGCAAAGCCAGUCCGUCCAGCUCCUAAAUCACUCGCGCGGUGGCUCUGGUGGUUCCUGCUGUCGCCACUGCUCAAGCACCGGGGUGUAUACAUCGUUGUUUUUCUGCUUUACCUUUCGGUCAUGUUGUUCUACAUGGGAGCGGUGCCGUCUGAUAUCGUCCCCGCUGUUGUUAAGCUUACGCAUACUCCUGGCUUGGUUUAUCGGAGCCCCAAGCUCUACGCCAAGCUCCGAUCGGAUAUGGACUCUGAUAAUUCGUCUGUUGAUGCGAUAUCCACUGUAUGGAAAAACUCUUAUAAAAACGGUGAAUGGAGACCAUGCAUCAAAAAAUCAUCAGGAGGCUUGCCUGAGUCAAAUGGAUAUAUAUAUGUUGAGGCCAACGGUGGGCUGAAUCAACAGCGAACAUCGAUAUGCAAUGCUGUGGCUGUGGCUGCCUACCUGAACGCAACUCUAAUAAUUCCAUAUUUCCAUUUCCAUAGUAUUUGGAGAGAUUCAAGCAAAUUCAGUGAUAUAUAUGAUGAAGAACUUUUUGUAAAGACGCUGGAACAUGAUGUUCGAAUAGUGAAGACAAUUCCAGGAAACAUAAUGGAGCGAUUUGACUAUAACUUGAGCAACGUGUACAACUUCAGAAUACAUGCAUGGUCAUCAAUAAAUUACUACAAAGAUACGGUUCUUGCAAAGCUGCUUGAAGAAAAGAUCAUAAGAGUGUCCCCCUUUGCAAAUCGGCUGUCGACAGAUGCUCCUCUGGCUGUACAACUACUUAGAUGCUUGGCAAAUUAUCAAGCACUAAGAUUUUCAGAUCCUAUAUCAACUCUUGGUAAACUCUUGGUAGAAAGAAUGAAAAAGCACAGUGCCAAAAAUGGUGGAAAAUAUAUAUCUGUGCAUCUUCGAUUUGAGGAGGAUAUGGUCGCUUUCUCUUGUUGCGUAUACGAUGGUGGAGAGCAAGAAAAAGUAGACAUGGAUGCUGCAAGAGAAAGAGGAUGGAAAGGAAAAUUUACCAAACCAGGUCGAAUCAUAAAUCCUGGUGCAAUCAGACUAAAUGGAAGCUGUCCCUUAACACCUUUAGAGUUAGGUCUUAUGCUGAGGGGUAUGGGCUUUGGGAAAAGCACUUCUAUCUAUCUUGCAUCUGGAAAGAUAUACAACUCUGAGAAGUAUAUGGCUCCUCUCCUGGAAAUGUUUCCAUUAUUACAAACCAAAGAAACACUGGCGUCUCCUGAGGAACUAGCUCCAUUUGAGAAUUACUCUUCCAGAAUGGCAGCUAUAGACUACACUGUUUGCCUUCACAGUGAAGUUUUUGUACCAACUCAAGGUGGGAACUUUCUGCAAUUACUGCUUGGCCAUCGAAGAUACUUGUAUGGUGGACAUUCGAGGACAAUCAGGCCAGACAAGCGGAAGUUGGCGUUGUUAUUUGACAAUCCAAAUAUUGGGUGGAAAAACUUCAAGAGGCAGAUGGUAAAUAUGCGCGUAUAUACUGUCUCGAAAGGCUUGCAGUUGAAGAGACCGAAGGAUUCAAUAUACUCGUUCCCCUGCCCAGAUUGCAUGUGCAAAGCAGACAAGAGCGGAGAUGCAAGAUGGCCACCGGUAAGGCGAUUCCUCUAGGUGGUAGUACUAGUACACGGUAGAUACAGAAGCAGAGAGUUAUAUUUGUCCUAUUAUUUGUGCUGGAUUUUCUUCGAUUUUGGCGUGGCUAUAGGUAUUCUUUGACUGGUUCAAGGGGUUGUAAAGCAAGGGAUGUGAUGAUUACCCCUAAUUUUAAUGGAGGAUUUAGCUGAUCUACACAGGCAAACACUAGAAGUUGAAUACAUCUACUUGUACAAUCAACACUUGUAUCUAACUGAGUUGAGUUUUUGAUUUCUGAUUUGUAAAUCACUCCUUUCACUGUACAAUUCAUUUUUACCAAAGAUGUAGUGUAAUCAAAGUUCUCAGCAUCA